UUGUUUUUAGGCUGGGGUCGAUCACACCGAAAUGCAAUAAAGCAUUGGUAUUUCGACAAGGAUCCGAGAGAUUUGGCUUUAGCUGUCACGAAAUACCGAGAAAGGCAAGGCUGGUCGCAUCUUGAUGUUUUACGGCUGGCGCAUCCUAAGCCAGGCAAAGAGCAGACUGACUACGAUGAUAUAUUCUUGUACGUUAAGUCAGAUUUCGAAGCAGUAUUGAACCGGAAGCGGAAGCGAGACGACGAGUCAAAAGGUGAAAGGGUCGGGAAUGCUGAGCAGGCAAAACUCUCCAAAGCCUUGCAGUUGUUGGAGGCGGUCGCGAAACUAAAAAAGAUGACAGACGCGGCGGAAGCGGCUAAGCUCAUAAGAGAAUACCGGCUGGUACGAGAGCACGUUCCAACGCAGCUACUUAAAAACGCAGACAUCUGGAGAGCACUACUUCCGGAUAUGCCCUUAACGGCUCUAAUGAGAAACUUGUCAACUAUGACUUGCGUUGGCUUGUUGACUGAUACAAGCGAUGAGACGAACCUAACGAUAUUAAAGCUAAGAAAUUCCCAAGCUCUUCGGAAAGCAAGAAUUCACCCGUUUUCAGCUUUGGUAGCUUUCUAUGUUUACAAAUCAGGUAGAAAAUGUUUUACUUCCAUUGUGUGCUGUUUAGAAGAUGUUUUCUACGAGUCGUUUUCAUUGGUGGAGCCAACCGGCAAGCGCUUUCUGGUUGCCUUGGACGUUAGUGGCUCGAUGGAAUCGCCAAUCAGGGGUUCUCCGCUUCAGUGUAACUUGGCGGCGGCGGCAAUGUGCAUGUUGCAUGUGCGAUCGGAACCGCAGUGUGAUGUUGUUUGUUUUUCUGAUGAACUGUCUCCGAUCAGCCUUACGAAGAGCAUGAAGUUGGAAGAGGUGCUGGACGUCGUUAAAGACAUACCCAUGGGAGCCACUGACUGCGCUUUGCCGAUGCUGUGGGCAACCAAGCACGAAAAGAAGUACGACGUGUUCAUCGUCUACACAGACAACGAUACCUGGUUCGGUCAGAUGCAUCCCUUCGAAGCGUUGUUGCGCUACCGAGAAAAGAGUGGCAUUCUGAACGCGAAGUUGAUCGUCGUCGGUAUGACAGCCACUGACUUCACGAUCGCUGAUCCGAAUGAUGGUGGAAUGCUCGACGUUGUCGGAUUCGACACGGCUGCUCCGGAAAUCAUGAGCCAGUUCAUCCUCGAAAGAAUAUGA